GGCGGCGGGGGUCCCGUCCCGUCCCUGUCCCCGUCCCUGACCCUGUCCCCGUCCCCUUUCCUCGGCCCCGGUUCCGCUCCCAGUCCCGGAAAAGCCCAUCCCGGUCCUCAUUUCCCGGUUCCCCUCGGUCCCGUUCCUCGGUCCCGGUUCGCAAUCCCGGUUCUUGAUCGCGGGUCCCACUCCCGGUUCACGAUCCCGGUUGCGGCCCUGGUCCCCGCUCGCGGUCCUUGACCCCUGACGCGCUCUGCCGUGCCCAGUUCCCCAUCCCGCCCCUCCAUUCCGGUCCUUGUUCGCACUCCGGUCCCUCCCCGUGUCCCGGGGCCCCCGGGUGAGUCACCGGCACCGGCGGGGGGGCGGCUCUGAGCGCCCGUCCCGUUCCAGCCCCGCUCGCCGGGGAUGCGCAGCGCGGCUCGGAGCUCUCCCGGCGGCGGGCGCUGAGCUCCGGGAUGGCGAUGGACACCGGCACCGGGGCCGCGCUGGCCUGGAGCCCCGCGGCGGCCGCGCAGCCCCCGCCCGGGCUGGCCGUGAAGCUGGGCUCGCUGGUGCUGCUGCUGCUGCUGCCCCUCGCCUGCGGCCUCGCGCCCCUCUGGUGCUUCCGACGGCCCCCCGACCCCCGCAGCCCCGUGCUCAGCCUGGUGAGCUGCUUCUCGGGCGGGGUUUUCAUGGGCACCUUCCUGCUCGACCUGCUGCCCGACUACCUGGGCAGCAUCGCCGCCGCGCUCGAGGGGCUGCGCGUCACGCUGCAGUUCCCGCUGCCGCAGUUCAUCCUGGCCAUGGGCUUCUUCCUGGUGCUGGUGCUGGAGCAGGCGACGCUGGCGCAGCGCGAGCUGCCCGAGCGCCCCGAGGAGGAGUCGCGGGCGCUGCUGCCCGGCGCCUCCAUCCAGGCCCCGGCCCCGGCGGCUCGCGGGGCGCUGCGCGCCGCGGCGCUGGCGCUGGCGCUGGCGCUGCACGCCGCGCUGGAGGGGCUGGCGCUGGGGCUGCGCGAGGGCGAGGCGGCCGCGCUGCGCGUGCUGCUGGCCCUGCUGCUGCACAAGGGCGCCGUGGCCUUCGGGCUGGCGCUGGAGCUGCUGCGCAGCCGCCUGCGCCCGCCCGCCGUGGCCUCGUGCGUGGCGCUGCUGGCGCUCAUGUCCCCGCUGGGCGUCGGCGUGGGCACGGCGCUGGCGGCGGGCGCGGGGCCGCGGCAGCGCCUGUGCCGGGCCGUGCUGGAGGGGCUGGCGGCCGGCACCUUCCUCUUCGUCACCUUCCUGGAGAUUCUGCCGCAGGAGCUGGGCGCGCCCGGGAACCGCAUCCCCAAGGUCAUCCUGAUCCUCGGCGGCUUCGCCUUGGUCAGCGCCAUCCUCUUCGUCAAGGGGUGAGGGUGGCCCGGCCGGGAGGAUCCCGUGGGAUUCGCGUCGUCCUUUCCGAAGUGCCAAAGUGCCUCUCGCAUCGCCGUGCCUCAGUUUCCAUCGCCGUGCCUCAGUUUCCCCUGUCUAAACUGUCCUCUUUCCCAGGGGCAGACCCCGCCAGGCCUGGGAUCCCCCCCAUUCUCGCUCCUGGGAUUACUUGUGUCCCACCCUGCGCCCCCCGUUCCGAAGUGCCAAAGUGCCUCUCGCAGCGCCGUGCCUCAGUUUCCCCACCUGCACAAGGGAUCGGUGCUGUCCCCCCCCCCAAUAACCACAAGUGCCCUUACGGACUCCCCCGGAUUUGGGGGUGUUGGAUGAAGCAAAUAAAGGACUGAAC